GCUACAUCUAGACUCCUGGUGAACUACCAAGAACCAUAUCGCUCCCAGAUUUUAGAUUAUCUGUUCACGCCAAAUUUUGGUGCUUCUUUACAUAUCCUCAAAGUAGAGAUUGGAGGUGAUGGACAGUCAACAGAUGGUACUGAACCCUCCCAUAUGCACUAUGAAAAUGAUGAGAACUACUUCCGCGGCUAUGAAUGGUGGCUGAUGAAAGAAGCUAAAAAGAGGAACCCCCAAAUUAAGCUGAUUGGAUUACCUUGGACAUUUCCGGCAUGGAUAGGGAAGGGUGAAAACUGGCCCUAUGACUAUCCAGAUGUCACAGCUUACUAUAUUGUUUCUUGGAUAUUAGGAGCUAAGCAGUAUCAUGACUUGGACAUUGAUUAUAUUGGGAUAUGGAAUGAAAGGGCAUUUAAUAGCAAAUAUAUUAAGGUGCUUCGACAAUCUUUGGACAGACUGGGUCUAAGGAACAUUGGCAUCAUCGCUGCAGAUGGAGAUUGGAAUGUUUCAAAGGAGAUGAUAGUUGAUCCCUAUCUAAAUGAUGCUGUUGAGGUAGUCGGGGCUCACUAUCCCGGAACAAAAACAGUGCCGAAUGCCUUAUUAACUCAGAAGAAACUGUGGUCUUCAGAAGAUUACAGUACUUUCAAUGAUGAAGUAGGUGCAGGCUGCUGGGCUCGGAUCCUGAACCAAAACUACGUGAAUGGAAACAUGACCUCAACCAUUGCAUGGAACUUGGUGGCUAGUUAUUAUGAAGAGUUGCCCUUUGGUCGAUGUGGCUUAAUGACAGCACAACAGCCGUGGAGUGGCCACUACAAAGUAGAAGCUCCUAUCUGGAUUACAGCACACACAACACAAUUUACUCAGCCAGGCUGGUCAUACUUGCAAGUGGAUGGACACUUAGAAGGAGGUGGAAGUUUUGUAGCUCUGACAGAUGGCCUAGGAAACCUUACCAUCAUCAUUGAAACUAUGACUCAUAAUCACUCUCAAUGUAUCAGGCCUCCACUACCUCAUUUCAGUGUGACACCUCAGAGAGCAACUUUCUACCUCAAAGGGUCGUUUUAUAUGGUGGAAACCCUUCAAGUGUGGCAUUCUAGGCUUGGUUUUGAAUCUGGAAACUCUAGCCUUUUCCAGCAACUCAAUCCUGUAAAGGUGUGCAAGGGAAGGUUUUCUUUAGAUCUAAAUGUAGAUGAAGUUUACACUUUAACCACACUCAAGACAGGGCAGAAAUGUCGUUACCCAGAGCCUCCAUCACCUCAGCCCUUCCCUUCAAAUUACAAAGAUGAUUUCAAUAUUCGUAAUCCACCUUUCAGUGAAGCCCCAAAUUUUGCAGAUCAGACAGGUGUAUUUGAAUACUUCAUAAAUGCUUCUGACCCAGGAGAUCAUGUGUUCACACUCCGCCAGGUGGUGGUUCAGCGACCUGUCACUUGGGCUUCUGAUGCAGACCAGACCAUCAGUCUCAUAGGCAAUUUUCAGUGGGUAAACAUGACAGUCACUUGUGACAUCUACAUAGAAAAACAACGUGAUGGGGGCGUGUUUGUUGCAGGAAGAGUCGACAGUGGUGGGAUAUAUGUUAGACGUACCAAAGGAGUUUUCUUCUGGGUUUUUGCAGAUGGCACCUACAGAGUCACUGGUGACCUAGCUGGAGAAGAAAUACUAAUGAAAGGACUUUCUGGUGUCCGGGAUAAUGCAUGGCACACACUUACUCUAAACAUUCAGGGUACUGCUGCCUUUGGACUGUUAAAUGGUUAUCCGCUCUGGGAGAAUGUCACCAUUUCUAAACCAAGUAACGGCUGGGCUGCUAUUGGAACUCGCUCAUUUGAGUUGGCACAGUUUGACAACUUUCAUGUUGAAGCUAGCUGA